AUGGACUUUGGAAGAUUGAUGAGGCAGGCGCAGAUGGGAGGAGGCGGUCCUGGCGCAGGAGCUGGAGCAGGCGGAGACACACCACAGAAUGACAACGCUGAGACAGUCUACAUCUCCAGUCUGGCGCUACUCAAGAUGCUCAAGCACGGCAGGGCAGGUGUACCCAUGGAGGUCAUGGGUCUGAUGUUGGGAGAAUUCGUGGACGAUUACACAGUGACAGUCAUCGACGUCUUUGCCAUGCCUCAAUCGGGUACCUCGGUGACCGUCGAGUCUGUCGACCCUGUCUUUCAGACGAACAUGUUGGAGAUGCUGAAGCAGACAGGCAGGCCCGAGAUGGUUGUAGGAUGGUACCACUCCCACCCUGGUUUCGGUUGCUGGCUCUCCAAUGUCGACAUCAACACACAGCAAGCCUUUGAGCAACUAAACGACAGGGCAGUGGCAGUGGUAGUCGAUCCUAUCCAGUCGGUGAAGGGCAAGGUCGUCAUCGAUGCCUUCCGUCUCAUCAACCCUUCAUCAGCCAUGCUCGGUCAAGAGCCGAGACAGACUACUUCUAAUAUCGGCCACUUGAACAAGCCGUCGAUCCAUUCUCUCAUUCACGGCCUGAACAGGCACUACUACUCGAUCGCAAUCACCUACCGGAAGACAGAGCUGGAGCAGAGCAUGUUGGGCAAUCUGCAUAAGAGGAAUUGGACAGAAGGACUGAGGCUGAGGGAUUGGGGUGUGCAUAGGGAGAACAACGAGAAGGCCAUCAAGAAAAUGCUGGCUCUAUCCGAGGCAUACAACAAGUCUGUGCAAGAGGAAAGCACAUUGACAGCCGAACAGAUGAAGACAAGGCAUGUGGGCAAGCAAGAUCCCAAGAGGCACUUGGAGGAUGCAGUAGAGAAGGCGAUGGGAGACCAAAUUGUUCAGUCGCUGGGCGCAAUGUGA